AUGAAACAAAUAAAGCCAGCCCCUUCAAUUCCAAGUAAAAUCAAAGGAAAAGAACUCAUUUUAAAAUCAUAGAAUAUUUAAAAAAUUAAAUAAUACGAAUUCGAUCAUUUUUUAGAUUAAGUUAAUAAACCAAAAAGAAUAGAUAAAUUUAGUGAAUAAAUUCCUCCUUUACCUUGCUAAUUUAAACAGAAAUAAGUAAAAGAAAUAAUAACUCUUCCUGAAUUUAUUUAAAUGGAAAAUCCUCCUCCUUUUGGAGGUGCAUAAGCUGUUAAUGAUAAAGAUGAUGUACAAAUGUUACUAUUUUAAGUAAACCAUUAUGGAAGAGAAAUUAUAAAUGGAGUUGUUUUAAUACUUGAGAAUUAAGUAAUUAAAACAAGAGGAAUAAAAAGAUAGAUACUCUUCUAUUCAUGAAGACAAUUAUUCUGAUACUGUUGUUACAAUUGAGAAUAUUUAAUAAGAGUUAUAAAAAGAACAUGAUUAAUAUAUAGAGAAGUUUGUAAAAAAAUUAGAAGAAGAAAAGAUAGAAAAGAAAGUAUAAGAAUUUGUAAGAUUGCCAUUACCAGAGUUAUUAAGAAUUCCAAAUUCUUUUCCAAUCCAGAAGAAAGUAUUCGAAUAAAUUUUUAAUAAUACUUAGGAUCAAUAUAGGGCUAUGUCUGCUUAAGAAAGGAAAUAAGUUUAAAAUGAACAUCAAACUAAAUAAUAGGAAAUCAAAGCUGAAAUUCCAAAAAAAAGCCUAUAAGAAAUGGAGAAGAUGAUUGAAGAAACUAAAAAAGAUUAUUUUAAAAUUAUUAGAGAUUUAGAUUUCUUAAAUAAGGGAGCCAGAUAAUUAAAAAAUGCUACUUCAUAAUAGUAUGGAGUAAGAAAAAAAGUAGAUGAACCAAAUAUUGAAAAAUUAAUUAAAUAAGUUAAGGAUACAAUAUGGUAUACUGAUGGUUUAACUAAUGGAUUUGAUAGAGAAAUGGCAUUAAUCUAAUAUAAAAAUUCAUAAGCUAAAGAUUUAAUUGAUAUUAAUAAAGUACUUGAGUAAUCAGAUAUUCAAUAAUAAUAUAAAAAUCAAAUCAUUAGUAAUAACAUUUAAGAGAUUUAACAAAAAAUUGAAAGUAAAAAAGAAUAAUAAGAAGAAAAGAAAUUAAAUAAUUCAAGCUUAAUUUCAUAAAAAACAUAAGCAUCAGCUAAAACUAUAAAUAAAGUUGUAAACUCUAAAAAAGGCAAAGAACUUUAAGAUAUGAUGUCAGAUGAUUUAUUUUGA